CCGUCUUCUGCGUCCACUUGACACUCAAAUUUAAGGCACUGGGUGGAAGCUUGCAAUAAUGUCCAUGUUCUUGAAGCUUUUGGAGCAUUUCUAAUAACACACAAGAGUCCAGUAUUACACCAUGCCUUUAUCCGAGCAAUAUCGAUUGCACAGAGGAAGGAGUGAUUCGAAUCAAGAUUUUGAACCUGUGAAUGAUUUGUUUGAACUGGUAUGGGAUAAUGGGCAGAUUAUGAUGCAAGCUCAGUCCAAUAGAGCUAGAAGGAGUCCAACUUUGAACAGCUUACCAUCUCACACCCCCAAGAAUCGAGAUAGAGAUUUAGGAAAUGGAAGCAAUGGGAAGGUGGGGAAAUUUGGGGCAGUGGAUUCCAUGAUGGAUGAAAUUCCAUUGUCGGUGCCAUCUGUUGAUAUGGGUUUAAGUGACGAUGACGACAUGUUGCCUUGGUUGAACUAUGCCCUUGAUCAACCUUUACAUCAUGAAUAUAGCCAUGAUUAUAUGCCUGAAAUAUCUGGUGUCACUGCAAAUGAGAUUUCCACCAAUGGGAAUCUCGCGUCAAUUGACAAAAGGAGUAGCUCUAGUCAUAUGUAUAGGGAGUCCAACACCAAUUCCAGUCAUGGAGGUGCUCAUUUGGAACAAAGGAAUGCGUCAAAGCUUUCUUCAAUAAGUGCAGCUGAAGUUAGCAGACCUAGACCUGGUACUACUCAUGUAUACCAGAUGUCAUCACAGCAACCCCAAGCAUCAAUUCCAUCUCGUAGAUCGAUAGGUUCGGAUAUGGUUGGUGGUAGCACAAGUAGUGCUGCGCAUCCUGCUGUUUGCAAGAAUUCAAUUCAGGCUUCAUCUGCAGGUGGUUUUCCUGGCAUACCAGCGCUGAAUAAUCCACCAACUCCUAGUAAUAAUCAUCCAACCAUAGUGAACUUUUCUCAUUUCUCAAGACCAGCUACGCUUGCAAAACCUAAUAUUCACACUACUGGUGCAAUGUCUAGCUCAAGUUUAGCGAGGGUGGAGAAGAAUAAAAAUAAGGAGAAGAUUUCAGCUGCAACUAGUAGCAAUCCUCCUGAGUCAAUACUAAUUGAAUCAAGCUGUGGUUUAAUGAAGGAGUCAACUUCACAGUGCCAAGAUGUUAUGGCACCCUCCAGUGUUGCUAUGAAACCAACCACAUCUAAGCCUCUUGAGGAACCAUGUAAUGCUAAACAGUCUGAACAUGCAUAUCAAGAGGGUACCUCUAAGAUUGCCGACACAAACUCCAAUCAUGUUCCUUGUGAAAGUGCAAUUAGGGCUCUUCCAGAUGUUGAAAAAACUACGGAGCCAGUGGUUGAUUCUUCUGUUUGCUCAGGCAAUAGUGUGGAGAGAGCUUCAGAUAAGCCAACUCGUGCGUCGAAGAGAAAAUCUCGUGAUACCGAUGACUAUGAAUGCCAUAGUGAAGAUGUAGAGGAGGAAUCUGUGGGCUUGAAGAAGGUACCUCAUGGUCGAGGUACGGGUUCCAAGAGAAGCAGAGCAGCAGAAGUGCAUAACUUAUCAGAAAGGAGGCGAAGGGAUAGAAUCAAUGAGAAGAUGCGUGCACUUCAAGAACUCAUACCUAAUUGCAACAAGGUGGACAAAGCUUCAAUGCUUGAUGAGGCCAUUGAGUAUUUGAAGACACUUCAACUCCAAGUACAGAUUAUGUCGAUGGGAGCUGGUCUGUUUAUGCCACAAAUGAUGUUACCACCAGGAAUGCAACACAUGCAUGCACCCCAAAUGGCUCAUUUCUCGCACAUGGGUGUUGGAAUGGGAAUGGGGCUGGGCAUGGGUUUUGGCAUGGGUAUGCCUGACAUGACUGGUGGAUCUUCCGGUUACCCUAUGCAAGGUGCCCAGUUUUCUAGUCCACCAAUGCCAGGACAUACUGCAUUUAAUGGGAUGAUAGGAUCUAACCUGCAGAUGUUUGGACUUCCUUGUCAAGGUGUUUCCAUGCCAAUGCAACACACACCCUUAGUUCCCUUGUCAGGAGGGCCCUUUAUGAAGUCACCUGUAGGACCUAAUGCUUGUGGUGCAGGAGGUCCUGUUGAGAAUAUUGAAUCAGCUCCAGCUUCUAGUUCAAAGGAUUCAGUGCAGAACAUGAACUCUCAAGUGAUGCAAAAUACCAACACUAAUUGCUCCAUGAAUCAGACUUCUAAUCAGUGCCAGGCAGCAAAUGAGGGAUUUGGACAGUCUGCUUUGGUGCAAAAUAAUGUUCAAGCAUUGGAUGUUAGUACCAGCAGAGCUAACGGAUCUACUAACGGGAAAGACAACGUGCUGAGUAGACCAGCUAGUUAUGAGUAACAGACAAUUCUUCUGGGAGGACAGAAUUCCUUAUUGCGACAAUUCGGGAGUGGAUCUUGCUCACAUGAAAAAGGUACCUCCGAGUCAAUGAGGUUGAAACCUUUACCAUAACCCUCUGAAUUCUAAUAUCAGGAGUACAAUCACAUAUUGCACAGAUUUUGGUACCUUAGGAAGACUUGAAUUCCUUCUGGCAUUUGUACAUUCACGUUGUAACUGGUGAGAUAAUGCAAUGUCUAAGAGUUGAGUAUACCGCAAAUAUGUAUCAGAUCUAUGUUCUAGCCAUAUUUAUAACAAUUCUUUGAAUUAGUGAAAUGAUUUGUAGUGCCGUAACGGUA